UAGUUCCUAAAUAUACAAUAUUGAUUCAUAAAGUCCAAUUUAUAUGGCAGGUUUGAUGUUAAUAAUAUAAAACUGGGUUCAGGUUUUCUGUAUGUGCCGCCUCUGUCACUUGGGAGGUCUGAUAUGUGUUGUGGAAAAACUGGAAAAGCUGAAAGUGACGCAGAGGAGUGACAGUCAUCGUGGUGAAGGCUGGCCUGAUGACUGCACUGCCUGCUCUUCAUACACAGGAGGAGUUCUGGGUGUCAGACGCGUCACUCUGUGGCUGACUGGUACACAACAGUAGAAUUCUGUAUAAUGGAGGACUCUGAGCCUCUGCUGGCUGCGAGGCCAGAGGAGAGGAGGCGAAACGGUCACUGUCGAUGGAGCACACACACCAAGGAGUCCAAGAUGGUGGAGGACUUCAGACGGAGGCUCAAGUACUUCUUCAUGAACCCCUGUGAGAAAUACAGAGCCAGGGGUCGCAAGCCAUGGAAACUGAUGUUACAGAUAUUAAAAAUUGUAAUCAUCACAGUGCAGUUAGUCUCUUUUGGCCUGAGCAAUGAAAUGAUGGUCACCUUUAAAGAAGAAAACCUGAUGACAUUCAGACACCUGUUCCUGAAAGGAUACAAGGAUCACCGCCUAGGAAGCUACGCACUGUACACCAAAGCAGAUGUGUAUGAUCACAUGUACUACAUUAUCAACAGGUACUUGAAUCUCCCAAACCUGACAGUAGGUAACCUUGCAUAUGAGAGGGCGGAUGGAAAGUACACUCCUCUGUCUGUGUGUCAAGAGUUUUACAGAAACAGCAGCAUUGAUCCUGGCAAUGAGACCUUUCACAUUGACCCACGUAUUGAUAAAGAUUGUUUUUCCAUUUUCCCCCGGCAGUUGCUUGACAACACUAGUUUGGCAUCACACGUGAACUUCUCGUUAGAUUUCAAAAGUCUGCUAUCAGUGAGCAUGUACCUCACUCUGAAAACCAUCAACCUGCAGACUGUGCGCCACCAUGAGCUACCAGACUGCUACGACUUCCAUAUUGUGAUCAUGUUUGAUAACCGAGCCCACAGCGGAAAGAUAAAGGUGGAUGUUAAAAAUGAUGUCAGAAUUUAUGAAUGCAGAAACUGGAAUGUGGAAGGGACUUCUGAUAAGAAUGAUUACCUUCUCCUGUCCUUUGAUUCUGUGGUCAUCCUCGCCUGUUUCACCUCUCUCAUCCUCUGCAUGCGCUCUGUCAUCAACGGCAUCCAGCUGCAGUUUGAGUUCAACAUAUUCUUUCACGCCUACUUCAACAAAAAGGUCAGUUGGUCUGACCGCAUGGAGUUUGUGAAUGGCUGGUACAUCCUUAUCAUUGUGAGUGACACACUGACCAUUGCCGGCUCUGCGCUCAAAAUUGGAAUACAAACAAAGUACCUGACAAACUAUGAUGUCUGCAGUAUCUUGCUUGGAACAGCCACGAUGUUCGUCUGGGUCGGUGUGAUACGUUACCUCGGAUUCUUUAAGAAAUAUAACAUAUUGAUCUUGACCCUCAGGAAAGCAUUCCCAAAUGUGAUUCGAUUCUGCUGUUGUGCAGCCAUGAUCUACCUCGGGUACUGUUUCUGUGGUUGGAUCGUCCUUGGGCCUUACCAUGACAAGUUCCGAACACUUGAUAAGGUAUCAGAGUGCCUCUUCUCUCUCAUCAACGGGGACGAUAUGUACGCCACCUUCCUAAACAUGAGAGAUAAGAGCUACAUGGUGUGGCUUUUCAGCAGACUUUACCUCUACUCCUUCAUCUCCCUCUUCAUCUACAUGGUGCUCAGCCUCUUCAUCGCCCUCAUUACAGACACUUACGAGACCAUCAAGCAUCACCAGCAGGACAAAGUGCCGGUGUCCCAGCUUCAGGCCUUCAUAGCAGAGUGUAGGGACCAGCCUGAGUCUGGAAGAUACCAGACUGAUGAAGAGCCAGCUUCCUGCUGCCUCUCCCCAUGCUGCUGAUUUUGAUGAAGUUGGAAAAUGUGACUUUCUCCACAAGACUGGCAUAUCAAGUGUGAAAGACUGGGAAGAGCCCCAACUGUGUCUGCACUAAGGAUAUUAUGAUUAAUGAUAAUGUGUGAAGAGAAUGUUUGAAUUUAGUAGAAAUCCUUUAAACUUUUUAUUUUUACUAGACUUCCGGAAGUUAAAUGCAAAACCUCCUCAUUUAAAGACCACUCAGUGGACAAGUCAGUUUAAAUGUUUUAAGUGUUUGAAUUGUUAUUACCUGUUUUUUUAAAUAAUUUCAAAAUACUCCUAAAUUCAGUGAUGUUUUCAAUUAGCCGGCAAC